AUGAACUUCUACAAUCAAACGCUGCCCAAUCGCGAGACCUUGAUCAUCUGGAUCCCGGUUUUUGGGGAUUGCCCAUAUGCUGAGAAGCCACGAACCUCCUAUGACACAUCAGAACCGGUGAAAAUCUUUGAGCUGUUCCUCAUCUCCGUUCUGUCGAUCGCCCUCUCUUUCAUGCUGCUCGUCAUCCGCAGGUCGCGACGCUUCCACCGCAACCUUGAGAUGAUAUUCGCUAACAUGUUCAUCAACUUCGGGUUAUUCGUCACCGGGCGCACGAUUCUGAUCUUUUACCAGCUUCGAAUCGUAUUGAUUUCAGGUAAUAUGGCAACCGAUUACCCACUAAUAUUGGCCUCUUUUCUAUGGUUGCACUCCGUUUUUAACCUCUCGAUGUUCCCGCUAAGUGUGGUUAUCGAGAGAAUUUUUGCUGCUAAAUAUAUCGAAGAAUACGAGCAGCGAUCCCUCAUUUGUAUCCCACUAACAAUCAUCUUGAUAAAGUUUACACUUUCCCUCGUGUCAGCCUACAUGGUGCUCAUGAACUUUUUCUAUGAUUUUGUCAUCAUUGCCGCACUUGCCCUGCCGGCUGUAACGAUUUUUGCGGGAAGCGCAUUCAUAAUGCUGCUCAUCCUGCUGCGAUGGAAUCGAUUGCAGUUGAAAACGUUGAUGAGAACUGACACGAACCGCGAAUUCACCGGCCAUUAUCUGAGUCGUAGAUUCCAAAUAACAGAGAAUAUAGAGGUCUUGGUGCUGCUCAAAAAGUUGAUGCUGGUCAGCUGCAUCGGCACGGCCUUCAUAGCCUCUGUCGGCGGCGUGGCGAUGUGCUGCACCAACGAAAGCGGUCUCUUCGCCCGCUACCUCUUUUCUUUCUUCAAUAUGUCCCCAAUAAUCUACCAAGAAUCCUACCUCCUUACUAUUAUCCUCCUCGUCGGCUCGUGGCGCGACGAUUUCCUGUAUCUGCUCCAAAAAAUCGUGAUGUGCUCUGCGGUGCGGCGACAACGUAAAGUUUUUGUCGAUCAAGUAUCGCAUCGCGAGCAACAGGGCUUAUACUUUGAAAUGUACGCCCGGAAUUGGAAA